UAAACCCCGCCAUUUAUAUAUAAGCCCCUCUCCUCUGUUUUCACUUGACAGCCAAUUCUCUUCGUUUUCAUGUACUCAAAACCCCCAAAUUUCACCUAAUCCGUGACGUCAUCUUGCCGGAAUCGGGCGUGAAUAAUGAUGGAGGAGGAGUUUGUGACGGCUAAGUCCAUGGGGUCUUCAUUUUCGGUGGUAUUCUACGACGGCGAGCAGGAGACUAGCCUUGGCAACGUCGUCGUUUCACCUUCCUUGAAUUUCAAAGCUUUUCAAUCGACUAUUAGCGAGAAACUCGGUUUGUCUCCUCACCAGUUCUCUAUUUACAUGACGGACCAGAAUAGGCGUGGCUCCAGAAUCCCUGUGACCGGAAAGAUUGAUUUCUCAGCGGUUUCUCGCGAGAAGGAUUGUUUCUUUCUCGUGGUUCUUAAGCGAUCGAGGCGCGAGAGGAGGCGAAAAAGCCGCGAAGUUGCCGAAAUUAUGCAGAACAACCACCGGUUCGAUCCACCGGCGAAUAUGAUGCUCUUAAGGCGAGACGGUAAUACUAUUGCAAUCAACACUAACGAGUUUUCAGGUGUUGAUUUGGGUCGGGCCGGGUACGAAAGACGGGUCAAGGAGUUGCAAAUGGAGAAAGAAAGGUACUUGAUGAAUAUGGGUUUGGGUUCGGGUAUGGUCUAUGAAGGGCUGAGUUUGGGAUCAGAAAGAGUUAAUAAUAGAACAGUAGUUUGUGACGAAUGCUUGAUGGCUAAAGUGAUGGGUAGAGAUGUUGGAUUCCAUUGGUGUGUUAACGACACUGUCACUUUCGGAUUCAGAUCGCCGGCGGGCCCGAUUGCCCGGCCAAUUAAAGGAUCCGAUUGAGAAUUUUUUUUGUUUUGAUUGAGGAUUUACUUCUGUGAAUAGUAAAAAAAAAAAAAAAAAAAACAAGAGAAGAGGAAGGUGAGAUGAUUUGGUGUGGUAUAGUGUACGGUAAGGAAGGGUGUACCUUACUACACAAAGUACAUGAAAAUAUAUACUGAAUCUGACCCUUAAUAAGUUAGAUUAAGGGGUAUAGUAAUGAAGGUGUAUUGGUAUAUACGAAGGACAUUUUGUGCCUCCAAAGAAGUAGGGAUUCUGCUUUUGGCUACAUAAAACAAAAUACAAUUGGGUUGUGAAUUGUUAAAAUGGAGAAGGUGACAUUUGAUUUUAGGUUUUGGGUUUUUCUUGGAAUCUGGCUUCCAAUUGAAGAAGAAAAAGAAAGAGUGGCAAUUGAUGGUAGGUGCUUUUUGGUUAAGCUUUCAAGUAUUGCUAAAAGGAUAUUUUGGUAUCAAAGAGGGCAUUAUUGAUGUUUGAUUGAAAAAUGAAAAGAGAACUAUUCCUUUCUUUUUCUUUUUUUCUUCUUUUCUUUGGUUGUGUUUUUUAUUUUAAGGCCAAGGCCUUUUUGUCUUUGGGCAUGUGAAGUGUGAAGUGAAGCUGCUUAGCUUUAAUUUGUAUUUCCAAUGCAAUAGUACUCAAUUGGGGACAUUUAUUAAAAGGAAAAUAGCAUUAGUAGUACCAUCCUGCUUAACAGUUGUGACAAAUAAAAUGGGUUCUUCCUAGCUGUUUAUCAA